UCGCGAGUCGGUCAGUCGGUCUAAUCUAGUCACUUAUAAGACAGACUACAUUUUUCUAUUUGGAUUUUUGUAUUGCUUCGUCUUUUGAUAUCAAAGUAAAUUUGUAAAAGAUGGAUCCUGGAAUUUGUUAUAUUAAACCGCAAUAUCUCAUUCCUGAUGUGCAAAUCAAAACUUCUGCAGAAGGAGACACAGAAAAAGGCGCCAACAAGAGAUUGUUGGAAGAGACAGCCACAGAAGUUGAAGAAUCCAACAAGUCCAAGAAAUGGGAUCAUGGUGGCGGUGGAAAGAAAGAUCGUAAACGUGGUCAGAAUAAGCAUCGCCCAAUUUACAAAGAAGAUCGAACUUUGCAUUUGUGUAAUUCUUUGAUAAAUGGACCAACAGAAAAUAAGUGUUCUCAUCCAAAUUGUCGAUAUGUCCACGAUAUAGACAAAUAUCUAGAAUCAAAGCCAAAAGACAUUGGAGACACUUGUCAUGUCUUCAAUGUCAAGGGCUUCUGUGCCCGUGGGGUGACUUGUAGGUUCGCUAGUGCUCAUUUGGAUGACAAUCGAAAUAACAUCAAGGCGGAUUUCUAUAAUGAAAAUGGACAAUCAUUGACUUGCAAUGGAAUUUCAACAGAGCUCCAGGUGAAGCUUCGUAAACGGGCUUAUGACUUCUCGAAGAGUAAGAAAAUUCUUCAAGAGUGUGAUCGACGAAAAGAUGCACAGAAAAAUAAACUCAGUAAUAACAAACAAGAUGAAAAGAGGAACCCAGAGGAAGAAGAAAAUGAAAUUCUGCCAGAUGAAAAAGUGUUUAAAGAAGAAGAUGUGGAAAUCAAUGAUCUUGAAACUGAGAUUCCGAAAGACGAAAAAGUGUUCAAUGAAGAAGAGAAUGUGAUUCAAGAAGGCAAGGAAAAAGAAUCAAAUGCAAUCCAAAAACCUUUUGGCUCAGUGGUUGAUGAGGAUACAGCUGGACGUGAUGCACCAGCAUCCAAGAAAAAUGUUGAUUUCUUUAACAAGUUGAUUCUAAGUCCUCUAACUACCGUUGGAAACCUUCCAUUUCGAAGAAUUUGCAAAGAAUUCGGAGCCGAUAUCACCUGUGGUGAGAUGGCGUGUGUUGUUCCCUUAGUCAAGGGACUCACACAAGAAUGGGCACUUACAAAACGACAUGAGAGUGAAGAUAUCUUUGGUGUUCAGCUUUGUGGCAAUAAUCCAUUUUUGAUUUCACAAGCUGCGCAAUUGCUUCAAGAGAAUUCAAAAGUUGAUUAUGUUGAUUUGAAUAUUGGUUGUCCGAUUGAUUUGAUUUACCAACAAGGGGGAGGAAGUGCUUUGAUGAGACGGAGUAACAUACUCGAAGCAAUUGUGAGGAGUUGUUCGACUUUGUUAGGUGCAACGCCGUUCACAGUGAAGAUGAGAACUGGAGUGUAUGCGGAUAAGAGCGUGGCCCACGAAUUGUUGCCAAAAGUCGAGGAAUGGGGUGGCAGUGCAGUUACUCUACAUGGACGAUCAAGGGAGCAACGGUAUACAAAGAACGCCAACUGGGAGUACAUUGAAGAAUGUGCAUCAAAGGCCAAACACAUGGCCGUUAUAGGCAAUGGAGAUAUUCUUAGCUUUGAGGAUUAUAAUGAAAAAAUGAAACUUGCCCCGCAUGUCUCAUCAGUGAUGAUUGGUCGUGGUGCCCUAAUCAAACCUUGGAUCUUCAAAGAAAUCAAAGAGCAAAAAACCUGGGACCCUACGAGCAGUGAACGCUUGGAUUUAGUUAAGAAAUAUGUUCACUAUGGCCUUGAGCAUUGGGGCUCAGAUACCAAAGGUGUUGAGAAUACCCGUCGAUUCCUACUCGAAUGGCAAUCAUUCCUCUAUCGUUACAUCCCUGCGGGCUUAAUUGAACAUCCACCACAAAAAAUCAACCAAAGACCACAAAAAUACUAUGGCCGCGAUGAUAUGGAAACACUCUUGUCCUCAUCCAAUUCUUCAGAUUGGAUAAAAAUUAGUGAAAUGUUUUUAGGCCCGGUGCCUGAUAAUUUUACAUUCUUACCAAAACACAAAGCGAAUUCUUAUUGAAACAAAAUAAUAAAUUUAAUUCAAAGAAAAAACAUUAGAAAAGAAUAAAAAGAAAAACAAUUUAUUUAUUAAGAUAA